UAUGUAAUUUUUAUGAUCAGCUCGGGCGCAUCAACAACGGCAUCUGUUGCCCAAGCAUGGAUACAAACACGCUUGGAAUUUUUCCGAUACCGAUACCGACAACAACAUCAACGACAACCACAACCACAACGACAACAACGGAGAAACCAUUGACAGUUGCCGAUGAGGUUGACGAGGCUGAAGGAGAGCAGGAGCCUGCAAAUGUGCAGCCAGAUCAGCCCCUCGAUAAUGCAGAGCCGGAUACAGAUCCAAUUGAUAAUGCUAACAGCGUGGAGGACACGCCCGACUUUCAGGAUAUGAACACCAUUGAGGCCAAUGCGCCCGAGGCGCCACCAGCGGAACCAGCUCCAUCGCCGACGCCACCCACUACCUCCGUUUAUCCGUAUCAAUGGCCUUUUGGCACAUUUGCUGGUGGCCUGCCACAGUGGCCGCCACCAAUACCGACGCAUCCGCCCACCGUUGGCGGCUGGCCACCUCCGAUACCGACUCAUCCGCCGAGUCAUCAGUAUCCAACGCAUCCGACCACGCGACCUUAUCCCCCCACGCCAAGUUCGGUGCUGACCACACGGCGCACCACACCACGUCCAGGGAGCAGACCUCCAACCACCACCAGACGGCCAUCGACGGCAACGUCGACGACAACGCGCCGGCCGAGCAGCGGAUUUAGUCCAGAGGGCCUGCCACUGCGGUGCGGUCACAAGAAUCCAGUUUCACCCGAUCAGGAGCGCAUUGUGGGCGGCACUAAUGCCAGUCCGUAUGAGUUCCCUUGGAUUGCGGUACUCUUUAAGUCCGGCAAACAGUUUUGUGGCGGCAGCUUGAUAACCAACAAUCACAUUCUCACAGCAGCCCAUUGCGUGGCACGGAUGACCUCAUGGGAUGUGGCCGCCUUAACUGCCCAUCUGGGUGACUACAAUAUACGCACGGACUUCGAGGUGCAGCACGUCUCACGUCGCAUCAAACGCCUCGUGCGGCACAAGGGGUUCGAGUUCAGCACGCUGCACAAUGAUAUUGCUAUUUUGACGUUGAGCGAGCCGGUGCCGUUCAGCAGCGAGAUCCAGCCGAUUUGUCUGCCCACCUCGCCGACUCAACAGUCGCGCUCCUACAGCGGCCAGGUGGCCACCGUCGCCGGCUGGGGCAGUCUGCGCGAGAACGGACCGCAGCCAUCCAUUCUACAAAAGGUGGACGUCACCAUUUGGGCGAAUGCAGAGUGCGCUCAGAAAUAUGGACGAGCUGCGCCCGGCGGCAUCAUUGAGUCCAUGAUCUGUGCUGGCCAGGCUGCCAAGGAUUCGUGCAGCGGCGACUCUGGUGGUCCGAUGAUCGUCAAUGAAGGCAGCCGCUACACCCAGGUGGGCGUCGUCUCGUGGGGCAUUGGCUGCGGCAAGGGGCAGUAUCCUGGAGUCUACACGCGUGUCACCUCGUUGCUGCCAUGGAUCUACAAGAACAUCAAAUGAACGUAGUAUUUUCUAUAGAUUAAGUCGUGAUAUUGAGACAAGUGUAAUAAACAUUAUAAACUGCA